AUGCUGCAGAUGGUGAGGACGUUGGCGCAGUUCACCAUCGCGCUGGAGGACAUGAGAGACAUCGGGGACGGCAUCGAUGCUGCCUUCACCGCCGCCUCCGGGCUCGGGGGGGCCGCCGAGGAGCUGCCGGAGAAGGGUCGCGGUGCCCCCGAGGACAUGAGGAAGCACGUCAUCAUGACGCUGCUGGACACGGAGCAGUCUUACGUGGAGUCCCUGCGCACCUUGAUGCAGGGCUACAUGAAGCCGCUGAAACAACCCGAAAACUCACUGCUGUGCGACCCAUCCUUGGUGGAUGAGAUCUUCGACCAAAUCCCCGAGCUGCUGGAGCACCACGAGCAGUUCCUGGAGCAGAUCCACGACUGUGUGCAGAACUGGCACGAGAAGCAGAAAGUGGGCGACCUCCUGGUGCAGUCGUUCUCCAAGGAUGUGUUGGUGAACAUCUAUUCUGCCUACAUCGAUAACUUCCUCAAUGCCAAGGAUGCUGUCAGGAUCGCUAAGGAGGCACGGCCGGCGUUCAUGAAGUUCCUGGAGCAAAGCAUGCGAGAGAACAAGGAGAAGCAAGCUCUGUCUGACCUGAUGAUCAAACCUGUCCAGAGGAUCCCGCGGUACGAGCUGCUGGUGAAGGACCUGCUGAAACACACACCUGAGGACCACCCCGACCACCCCUUCCUCAUCGACGCCCAACGCAACAUCAAGCAGGUGGCCGAGAGGAUCAACAAGGGGAUGAAGAGUGCUGAGGAGGUGGAGAGGAACGCACGCAUCGUGCAGGAGAUCGAGUCCCACAUUGAAGGGAUGGAGGAUCUCCAGGCCCCACUCCGCAGGUUCCUUCGACAGGAGAUGGUGGUGGAAGUGAAGGCAGUGGGUGGGAAGAAAGACCGUUCUCUCUUCCUCUUCACGGACCUGCUGGUGUGCACCACACUGAAGCGCAAGUCGGGCUCCCUUCGACGCAGCUCCAUGAGCCUGUACACAGCAGCCAGCGUGAUCGACACGGCCAGCAAGUACAAGCUGCUCUGGAAGCUGCCACUGGAGGAUGUGGACAUCAUCAAAGGUGCCUCACAAGCCACCAACCGUGAGAGCAUCCAGAAGAGCAUCUGCCGCCUGGACGAAGAUCUCAGCACGUUGGGCCAAGUCAGCAAGCUGUCAGAGACCCUCAGCUUCCCCCACCAGAGCCUGGAUGAUGUCAUCAAGGACCUGAUGGCUGCCAUCCACCGGGAACUGGCAGAGAAGCAGUCCUUGUCCUUCAGCAUGGCCUUCCCCCCCAACAAAGUGGAGCUCAGCGCCGCCAAGGCUGAUGGCACCGAGUCCUUCAUCUUCGAGUUCCCCAACCCCGACGCACGGCUCGGCUUCGAGCAAGCCCUCGAGGAUGCCAAGAAGAAGCUGGCUUCCAGCAAAAACUGCCUGGACCCCGAAUUCCUCAAAGCCAUUCCCAUCAUGAAAACACGAAGCGGGAUGCAGUUUUCUUGUGCUUCUCCCAGCCACAGCAGCCCAGAGAAUGCCCACGAGGUGUGGGUGUGCAACAGCGACGGCUACGUGGGGCAGGUCUGCCUGCUCAGCAUCCGCAAGGAGCCCAUCGUCGAGGCGUGCAUCGCUGUCUGCUCAGCCAGGAUCCUCUGCAUCGCCUCCGUGCCCGGCCUCAAGCGACCCUAUAGGGAGCGCACGGAGCCGAUGGUGAGCCCGUCCUCGGAGCCGGCACCGACACAAUCAGAGGAUUCAGGGCCACAGCAAUGCCUGCACAUCUCCAUCUCGGGCUCAUCACUGGAGCUCUCUGAGCCCGUCGACAGCACGCACCGGGAGCUGGUGCCCUUUGACAGUGACGACACAGAUGAUGAGUCCUCACCCAGCCCCUCGGGCACGCUGCAGAGCCAGGCCAGCCACUCCACCAUCUCCUCCAGCUUCGGCAAUGAGGAAAUCCCAAGCUGCAAAGAAGCAGCAGCAGAGACGACGAGCUCAGAGGAGGAACAGGAGUCUGGUUUCCUUCCUUUGGCCACCGCCUUCGGUCAGAGCCGGCGUGGUGAGAGCCCAACAGAUGGACGAGCCCUACGGCGCUCCAGCCGCGGCUCCUUCACCCGUGGCAGCCUCGAGGACCUGCUGAGCCUUGACCCUGAAGCCUACCAGAGCUCCAUGUGGCUGGGCACCGAGGAUGGCUGCAUCCACGUCUACCAGUCGUCGGAUAACAUCCGCAACAGGAAGAACAGCAUGAAGAUGCAGCACGCUGCUUCCGUCAUGUGCAUCUUGUACCUCGAUAACCAAGUGUUCGUGUCGUUGGCCAAUGGAGAGCUCAUCGUGUACCAGCGGGAGCCAGGUCGCUUCUGGGACCCUCAGAACUCCAAAUCCCUCUCCCUGGGCUCCCCGGGCAGCCCCAUCACAAAGAUGGUGGCGGUGGCAGGGAAGCUGUGGUGCGGUUGCCAGAACCGGGUCAUCGUCCUCAACACGGCCACUCUGGAACAAGAGCACACCCUCCAGGUGGGGCAGGACAGCGGGCGCAGCGUGAGCUGCAUGGUGAGCGCGGCGCCCGGCGUCUGGCUGUCGCUGCAGGGCAGUGCCCUGGUCCGCCUCUACCACCCCACCAGCUACGAGCAGCUGGCCGAGGCUGACAUCACCCCCCCAGUGCACAAGAUGCUCGCUGGUAAGCAAACCCAGCCCCUUUACCUGGUGCUUUCCCGUUUCCCAAUCCGUGUGCGUCGCCUCUUGUUAUAGCGGGCUUUGCUCCGGAGCCCUCGAGCAUCAGGUAGCACAAAGUGCUUCUGUACCAUCCACAUCCCAACCAGCUGCAAGGGAGUGAGGCCCCCUCUGCACUCAGCGGGUUCAACCUCUGCAUUCUGCAGCCCCUGUGCAGAAAGGAGAGAGUGGCUGCAAAACCCCGUGCAGAAAUCGGGAUGCAGCUGCAAAAUUCUUUAGAGAAAUAAGGGGGCCGUGCAAAAUCCCUCAGGGAAUUAGAACAGCGGUUGCAAAACCCCGUGCAGGAACAGGGCAGCCCAUCAGUGGCUUCAGUAUCCCGUUCAAAAGUGAGGUGGUGACUGCAAAAUCCCAUGGAAAACUACAGAAGUGGUUGCAAAGUCCCAUGCAGACAUAGGGCAACUUGUAGAAAAUUCCAUGCGGGAAUCAGGACAUCCCAUGCAGAAAUUGGGAGUCAGGUGCAAAAUCCCACGCAGAAGUGACACAGCAGCUACAAAAACCCCAUGUAGGAACAGGGAAAUCCCUCGGUGGAUUCAAUAUCAGAUGCAGAAAUCAGGACCCAGCUGCAGAAUCCCAUGCAGCAAUCAGGACCUGGGAACAGAACCCCACACAGCAAAUAGGACACGGGUCCAACACCCCAUACCUCAACCAGGACCCAGGUACAGAACCCCAUUCAGCAGUCAGGACCCAGGUACAGGAUCUCAUAUAGCAGCCAGGACCCGGGUCCAGAAUCCCACACCCCAACUGGGACCCAGGUCCAACACACCACAGCCCAACCAGGACCUGGGUCCAGAACUCCAUACAGCAGUCAGAACCCAGAAGCAGAACCUAAUAUAGCAGUCAGGACCUGGGUACAGAACCCCACACCUCACCCAGGACCCGGGUUCAGGACCACAUAUAGCAGCUAGGACCUGGGUGUGGAACCCCAUACAGCAACCAGGACCCAGAUCCAGAACCGCAUUCAGCAGUCAGGACCCAGAUCCAACACUCUACAGCCUAACCAGGACCAGAGUACAGAACCCCAUACAGCAGUCAGGACCCAGGUAUAGGAUCGCAUAUAGCAGUCAGGACCUGGGUACAGAACCCCACAGCCCAACAAGAACCCAGAUCCAGAACCACAUACAGCAGCCAGGACCCGGGUACAGAAACCCACACCCCAACCAGGACCUGGGUCCAACACCCCACACCCCAACCAGGACCCAGGUACAGAACCCCAUACAUUAGCCAGGACCCAUGUAAAGGACCACAUACAGCAGUCAGGACCCAGGUACAGGAUCUCAUAUAGCAGUCAGGAGCUGGAUCCAGAAUCCCACAACCCAACCAGGACCCGGGUCCAGAACCCCACAGCCUAAUCAGGACCCAGAUACAAAACCCCAUACAGCAGUCAGGAGCCAGGUCCAGGACCGCAUAUAGCAGUCAGGACCUGGGUACAGGACCCCAUAACCCAACCAGGAUCCAGGUCCAACAUUCCACACAGCAACCAGGAUCCAAGUACAGAACCGCAUACAGCAGCCAGGACCUGGGUCCAGAAUCCCACACCCCAACCAGGACCCAGGUCCACCGCACCACAGCCCAACCAGGACCUGGGUCCAGAACUCCAUACAGCAGUCAGGACCCAGGUACAGAACCUAAUAUAGCAGUCAGGACCCAGGUACAGAACCACACACCUCACCCAGGACCCGGGUACUGGAUCUCAUAUAGCACUCAGGAGCUGGAUCCAGAACCCCACACCCCAACCAGGACCUGGGUCCAGGAUCACAUAUAACAGUCAGGACCUGGGUAUGGAACCCCAUACAGCAGUCAGGACCUGGGUGCAGAAACCCACACCCUAACCAGGACCCAGGUACAGAACCACAUACAGCAGUCAGGACCUGGGUCCAAGACCACAUAUAACAGUCAGGACCUGGAUACAAGACCCCAUAACCCAACCAGGACCCAGGUCCAACAUUCCACACAGCAACCAGGCUCCAAAUACAGCAAUCAGG